GGCUGGAGGCUCUACACACUGGGUGUGCCUGUGCAGGCCAAAGACUGCCAGUAUUAGCACAGGAUUCCCUUUCCUCCCACUCUGAAGAAGGAGAUGGAGAAGACAGUCAGAACUCCAGGGGAUGGGUCACCUUUCGUUCCAUUAGGAAUAGAAAUUAAAAUGUGUGAAAUGUGGAAUAUGCUUCAUUGAAUGAGGACACAUAGUUCACAUCAACAACCUCCAACAGGGGAGAAACGAUUUAAAGGUAUGGAGUGUGGGAAAAGUUUCGCUGAUAGUGGAAACCUUAGAACACAUCAACGGACUCACACAGGGGAGAAACCAUUUAAAUGCCUGGAGUGCGGAAAGACCUUUACUGGUAAUGGAAACCUUAGAAGACAUCAACAGACUCAUACAGGGGAGAAACCAUUUAAAUGCCUGGAGUGCGGAAAGUGCUUCAGUCAGAAUGGAGACCUUAGAAGACAUCAACGGACUCACACAGGGGAGAAACCAUAUAAAUGUAUAGAGUGUGGAAAGAGCUUCAGUCAUAAUGGAUACCUUAAAUUACACCAGCGGAUUCACACAGGGGAGAAACCAUUUAAAUGCCUGGAGUGCAGAAAGACCUUUACUCGUAAUGGACACCUUAGAAGACAUCAACAGACUCAUACAGGGGAGAAACCAUUUAAAUGCCUGGAGUGCGGAAAGUGCUUCAGUCAGAAUGGAAGCCUUAGAACACAUCAACGGACCCACACAGGGGAGAAACCAUAUAAAUGUAUAGAGUGUGGAAAGAGCUUCAGUCAUAAUGGAUACCUUAAAUUACACCAGCGGAUUCACACAGGGGAGAAACCAUAUAAAUGCCUGGAGUGCGGAAAGUGCUUCAGUCAGAAUGGAGACCUUAGAAGACAUCAACGGACUCAUACAGGGGAGAAACCAUUUAAAUGUAUAGAGUGCAGAAUGUGCUUCAGUCAGAAUGGAGACCUUAAAUUACACCAGCGGAUUCACACAGGGGAGAAACCAUAUAAAUGUAUAGAGUGCGGAAUGAGCUUUAGUCAUAAUGGAAGCCUUAGAAGACAUCAACGGACUCAUACAGGGGAGAAACCAUUUAAAUGUAUAGAGUGCGGAAUGUGCUUCAGUCGGAAUGGAGACCUUAAAUUACACCAGCGGAUUCACACAGGGGAGAAACCAUAUAAAUGUAUAGAGUGUGGAAUGAGCUUUAGUCAUAAUGGAAACCUUAGAACACAUCAACGGACUCAUACAGGGGAGAAACCAUUUAAAUGUAUAGAGUGCGGAAUGUGCUUCAGUCAGAAUGGAGACCUUAAAUUACACCAGCGGAUUCACACAGGGGAGAAACCAUAUAAAUGUAUAGAAUGCGGAAAGAGCUUUAGUCAUAAUGGAAGCCUUAGAACACAUCAACGGACUCACACAGGGGAGAAACCAUAUAAAUGUAUAGAGUGUGGAAAGAGCUUUAGUCAUAAUGGAAGACUUAGAACACAUCAACGGACUCACACAGGGGAGAAACCAUUUAAAUGUAUAGAGUGUGGAAAGAGCUUCAGUAAUAAUGGAAACCUUAGAAAACAUCAACGGACUCAUACAGGGGAGAAACCAUAUAAAUGUAUAGAGUGUGGAAAGAGCUUUAGUGAUAAUGGAAGCCUUAGAACACAUCAACGGACUCACACAGGGGAGAAACCAUAUAAAUGUAUAGAGUGCGGAAUGAGCUUUAGUGAUAAUGGAAGCCUUAGAACACAUCAACGGACUCACACAGGGGAGAAACCAUAUAAAUGUAUAGAGUGUGGAAAGAGCUUUAGUCAGAAUGGAAACCUUAGAAGACAUCAGCAGACACACAGCAGAGAAACCAUUUAAAUGUAUGGACUGUGGAAGGAGCUUCAGUCAGAGAGGAACCCUUGAUUUAUGUCAACAAACUCACACAAAACACAAACCUUAUAAAUAUCAGGAAAGUAGAUAGAGGUUGAGCCCUAGUGGAAGUUCUAAAU